AUGGCGUCUGCAAUAUCGUUGAAGGGUUUGGUAGGUCUUGUAACUGGUGGGGCCUCUGGACUUGGUCGGGCUGUUGCAGAAAGAUUGAUCCAACAAGGUUCUCGAGUGGUACUUUGUGAUUUGCCUACUUCUCAAGGCAAUGAAGUUGCCAGAACACUUGGAGAAAACUGUGUAUUUGCACCUACUGAUGUUACAUCAGAAGGUGAUGUGGAUAAUACCUUAAAUCUGACCAAAGAAAAGUUUGGUCAGUUGGAUGCUGUUGUGAAUUGUGCUGGAAUUGGAGUGGCUUUCAAGGUCUACAACUUUAAGAAAGAUUUACCCCAUAGUUAUGAAGACUUCAAGAGGGUUCUUAUGGUAAAUACUGCAGGGACAUUCAAUGUGAUCCGUCUUGCUGUUGGUUUGAUGGGCAAAAACCAACCAAAUAAUGAUGGUCACCGUGGUGUUGUAGUGAAUACAGCAAGUGUAGCUGCCUUUGAUGGUCAAAUGGGACAGGUGGCGUAUUCUGCUAGCAAAGGUGCAAUAGUAGGCAUGACAUUACCUUUGGCUAGAGACCUUGCAUCUCAAGGAAUACGUUGCAUGACAAUUGCUCCAGGUUUAUAUGAUACACCUUUGUUGGCUGGUCUUCCUGAGAAAGUGCGUAAAUACCUUGCUGAUACUGUACCAUUCCCCAGCCGUUUGGGCUAUCCAGAAGAAUAUGCUCAACUUGUACAAGCCAUCAUUGAAAAUCCAAUGCUCAAUGGAGAGGUUAUACUGGCUUUAAAACCAGAAAGUACUGUUCGGAAAUCUUUCAUCAAAGAACAGGUCUUUGCUUAUCUGUCUCGACAAAAAGUAGCCUAUGGGAAUUUUGAAGUUGUAGAUUUUGAAAAUACAGAACUCCAGAAACACGUGAAAAGUAUUGCUUUGUGUGACACAGACUUGAAAUUACGGGAACGAAAGAGUAUUGAUCUACAAGACAGUAAUUUGAAAGUGUAUGUGUUUCACUUGCUUGAUGAUGGUCCAUCCGAUGAAGAUUUGGGAGAUUGCGAUAACUGCAGUGUUGCACAGAUGUGGUCUUUACCAAAUUCUGCAUUCUGUGGAAUAUGGGAACAUUUGGUUUUUGAUGAAGAAAUUAAAGGACGGCUUCUCAGUUAUGCUAUGACAACACUUCUUUUCUCUGACCAAAAAGUUAACUGCAAUAUAAUCUCAUGGAACAGAGUUAUUUUAUUACAUGGUCCUCCAGGAACAGGCAAGACUUCUUUAUGUAAAGCAUUGGCCCAAAAGAUUUGUAUUCAGAUGUCAGAUCGAUACAGUUAUGGUUACCUUAUUGAGCUAAACAGUCAUGGUUUAUUUUCUAAAUGGUUUUCUGAGAGUGGCAAACUUGUUGUGAAAAUGUUUGAGAAGAUUGAAGAAAUAAUUUUGGAUAACGAUGCAUUAGUGUUUGUUUUGAUGGAUGAGGUUGAAAGUUUGACUGCUGCCCGCAAAAGCAGUCUAAAUGGAAAUGAACCUUCUGAUGCCAUCCGAGUGGUGAAUGCGCUUCUCACAAAGAUUGAUCACAUCAAAAAAUAUCCUAAUGUUAUGAUAUUGACAACCUCAAAUAUCACAGGUGCAAUUGAUCUUGCAUUUGUUGAUCGAGCUGACAUCAAACAAUAUAUUGGUCUGCCUUCACCAAAAGCUAUCUUCCAGAUUUAUCAUUCCUGUAUUACUGAACUUAUGAGGACUGGAAUAAUUUCCCCGGUUCAACUGAUGCUGGAUAUUAGAGCCUUAGAAAUCACCAGUUAUGCAGAGAAUGAUGCCACCAGACUCAGCUUGCAGCUUCUUAGAAUUUCUGAAGAAAGUUAUGGACUGAGUGGAAGAACCUUACGGAAAAUGCCAUUCAUGGCUCAUGCUAUGUUUAUUCGAGCUUCAACUGUGACCCUGGAAGAUACGCCCUUCCUUACAUGGAUGAUUAGUGUAUUACUAUCUUUCUACACUGCUUUCUUUCAUUUGACAUUCAGUUAG